AUGGCUUCAAAAGGGUCACAGACCAUCAGCCUGAAGGUUCUGAUUGAUGAGAAGAACAACAUAGUCGCAAUGGUUGAAACUAGUGGUGACUUUGUGGACAUUCUGUUAAUAAGCUUCUUGACUAUGCCCAUGGGAACUAUAGCUUUGAGACUAUUGAAGGCUUCUCUCCUCUCCAAAUCAGUAUUGACAGAUGCCUUGGUCAACUUUUCCCUAAAGAUUCCUAAAGAAGAGAACCGAGGAAUAUGUAAUGGACGAUCUGGCAGAUUUUAUAGUACUUUCAAAACUGUUAGAUGCAGUUGCGGGAAAAUGAUGGACAAGGAGAUAUGUAUGGCAAAAGUAGAUCAUGAAGCUGCAGGAUCUGUAGGAGAUGGAGGAGUGUUUGUUUGUGGAACGACCAAGUUCAUGGUAACAGAUGAUCUGCAGGUAAAGUCCAUUUCUCCAGCUACUAUAGUGACACUGUUACACAAAGUUGGGAUCAAAGACAAGAGAUCACUUCAAGAGACUACACUGAAUAUUGGCUCAGAGGAGAUUUUGAAUCUGCUCAAGAGAUCCUUAAUUUCCAAGACACCUCUGACAGAUGUUUUUGUUAGAAAGCAAGGAAUAUUAACAUCAGAAGGCCUAAAUUUUGAGAUGGCAGAUGCAGUGCAGUCUAAGAGCAGCGGAAGUACUUCAUAUAUAUAUAUUUCCACAAUACAUGAGUAUGAAGUUAAUGAUGAGUAA